GUCAGAGUAUUGGAUAUCACAGCAAAAACAUUGGUGUCAAUAUUGUCGCAUUUAUAUUGCAGACAAUAAACCCUCGGACAAUGCAUGAGCAAGGUAAAAAACACAAAGAAAAUCAGGAGAAAUUUCUUAGAGACAUUUAUCGUAAGGAACAUGAAAGCCGUAAAGAAGCAGCAAAAACUAAACGUGAAUUAGAAAGAAUUGAAAAGGCAGCAAUGAAACAGUAUAGAAGAGAUAUAGCACUUGAAACUCCUGGCGCUACUUUACCUAUACAGCCUCCAACGGACUCAGCGCCC